CUCUGCCAAUCCCUCCACUGGCCUCCAUUCAGUGUCUUCCACCUCUCUCUGCCAAUCACUCCACUGGCCUCCAUUCAGUUUCCUCCACCCCUCUCUGCCAAUCCCUCCACUGGUCUCCAUUCAGUGUCUUCCACCCCUCUCUGCCAAUCCCUACACUGGCCUCCAUUCAGUGUCUUCCACCCCUCUCUGCCAAUCCCUCCACUGGCUUCCAUUCAGUGUCUUCCACCCCUCUCUGCCAAUUCCUCCACUGGCCUCCAUUCAUGUCCUCCACCCCCCUCUGUCAUUCCCUCCACUGGCCUCCACUCAGUGUCCUCCACCCCCCUCUGUCAUUCCCUCCACUGGCCUCCACUCAGUGUCCUCCACCCCCCUCUGUCAUUCCCUCCACUGGCUCCGAUUGCCCAACGCAUUAAAUUCAAACUCCUAACACUGACAUACAAAGCCAUUCAUAACUCCGCCCCAAACUACCUCACCGACCUGAUACCCAAAUACCACCCAACCCAUAAUCUUUGCUCCUCACAAGACCUCCUACUUUCUAGCUCCCUGGUCUCCACCUCCCACGCCCGACUGAAGGACUUCUCCAGGACUUCCCCCAUCCUCUGGAACUCACUACCCCAAUCCAUCAGACUGUCACCUUCCCUCCUCACCUUUAGGCGCACCCUGAAAACCCUUCUCUUCAGGGAAGCCUACCCCGCCCUCACCUAACAGCCGAUCUCCUCCUCUCCUCCCACCACUCCAUCCCCCACAGCCACUUCCUCCUGUACCACUCUCCCCUCCCUCCU